UUCAGGUGUCAAUGUAGACACCUAAUAUAAAAGUUUGACUAAAUUGACACAGGUAGGCCCAUAUCAAUAAUUCAUACAAGAGAUACAAGUGUCGCAGUAUACCAAUUCAUUUUUACGAGAAAACGGACGGAUGGGCGCAGAAACUCCAUCCAGCCUUUACUGGAGUUGAGAUCUGUGAACACAAACAAUCGUUUACGGUGUGCGCCGCAAACAAGAUGGCGCUGCCCGUGGAAAACAAACGUGUGGUCAAAAACUCUACCCAGAAGGGUUAAACUAGUCAGGGAUUUACACAGAUGUCCUCCACAGAAAUGGAUAAGCUUUAUACAAUGAAUUGAUAUUUCCUCGUUAACAGGUACAUGCAAUAGUCCUGAGUAUUUGUGGACAUACAUGUCGGUGUGACCGUUGGUGACUUUUCACUAUGUGUGGUAUUUACUGUGUGCUAGCAACAGCCUCGAGGGAUGAUGGUUGUAAACAACAGACACACUCUUCAUUGACUCAGCUGAAGCAGUCAAAGUUAUACCUAAACCUGACCAGACGUGGUCCAGAUUGCGCCUGUCAACUCCAUAAGACGGUCUCCAUCGACCCAGCCGAGCCACAGUCACAUCGCCAGAUUGACGCCAUCUUCUCAGGUCAUGUUCUCCAUCAGAGAGGAACGCUGACUUAUCAGCCUCUGAGGGACUCGGAGGGCAAUGUACUCUUGUGGAAUGGAGAAAUCUUUGAUGGGAUAAAGGUUGCCCAUGAUGAGAAUGAUGGUCAGUUGUUGUUGGCCAUCCUGCAGUCCUGUCACACCCAGGGGGAAAUUCUAGCAAGUAUGAGUGGAAUCAGGGGACCGUGGAGCUUCAUUUAUUGGCAGGAAGCACAGCAUCGUUUAUGGUUUGGACGUGACUGUUUUGGUCGACGUAGCCUUCUAUGGAGCUGCACCGAUGGCCAGUUUAGUCUUUCCUCAGUUGCCAGUCGGCCAGAGGAGCCACACAGUCAGAUAUGGACUGAAGUACCAGCUGACGGGGUCUACCUUUUAGAAGAGUGGCCAGGAGAAAACAGCCAACGUUUCCCACUGCAAUUGUUUCCAUGGCAGCAAGAUGCAACAGAGCUUUUCAGAACAAAUUGCAGUAGUCAUUCUCCCCAGCAGGAUCAAAGUGGGGGGCAUCCGCAUGAAACGCCGCAGGGCGAUGCAUGCCACGGAGAAGAGGAUGGUUCGAAUCCUGGCUUUGUCAUUUCAAAAGCGUCUACAGGAAUCAAGAGCCCAAUCAGUCCUCUAAAUAUGUCCUUGCCAUCCGGACUUCAAGAGAGGGCGCUGUCAUUGUGGGCAGAACAGAAUAAGCCACGCCUUCUUGGAGUUGAGGAGUGGGAUGGAGAUGAAAAGGGUGUGGCCGACAAGAAACCUUGUUCUCCAACAACAAUGAAAGAUACUGAGAGAAAGGAUGCAUCCAGAGCAGUUUCCUCAACCGAAGGGAAGAAGUUUCAAAGCUCAGAGAAGUUUGACUUAGCUGCAGAAUCAGAAAUGUCAGCAGGUCUAGUGGGAAUUGGAGCAAACAGUCUGACCGCAGGACCUCAAUUUAUAGGCCAGGGUCACCAAAGUACUCCACAAUCCUCUGUGUUAACCGCAGACGAGACUUCAUCAGAAGCCGAGACUCUCCCGAGCACAGACAUUGGAGAUACCUUGCCAAGAACAAUUUCAAAUCUUGGACGAGAGCCUAGAGAAGGUGAGGAGGAGGGUGCAGCGUCAGUGAUUGAGAUUGAGUGUGAGAUGAUGAGAGCCGCCGAGGGACUUAUUCAGGCCCUAGAGGGCGCCGUAAGAAAGAGGGUGUUUAACCUCCCGAGACAAAACGAUGCAGCUGUCGGGUUUCCGUCGUCGCCUGGGAUGCAAACGUUUGGGCCAGAUUUUGAAAAGCCAACAAUGCCCCCCAAAACUAAGAAUUUUACAAAAGCCUCUUAUUCCUAUCUUGAAGAUGAGCCUAACAAUGACUUGGAUGAGUGUGGCGUUACCAUGGAAACAAGCUCUAGAUGCACUCCUCUCAGGGAUGAAGGUGAUACUGUAGAUACCAAAGAGAAAAGCAGUUGUGGCGAAGGGCUCCCCCAUUGUCAGGAUGGUAGCAGGGUAGCCAUUUUGUUUUCUGGAGGCCUAGAUUCCAUGGUUAUAGCUGCUCUAGCGGACAGAUGCGUACCACCUGAUGAACCUAUUGACUUGAUGAACGUGGCUUUUCAGAAACCAGCGCAAAACUCCACUCAAACUGCAUCACACAACAAAGGCGACCAACAGAG